AUGGCAGCCCUCCCGCCCGCCUUGCCAGCGCUCCUGAGCCAACUUCCAGGGCGCCCCCGUGCAAGUUUUGUUCUCGGUGCGGGAACUGUAAAUUUAACUCUGGGAGACAAGACAUCUAGAAGAUCAGGGGUUGUUGGGAAGAGCUCAUUUCGGUGUGGGUUUGUCAUACUCAGCUACUGGCUGAUCCCUAGAGACAGAAUGUUGGGUCAGAUUGACUAUACAGGAACAGAGCCUUCUAGUCCGUGCAACAAAUGUUUAAAUGUGUCCUGGGACAGCACGCCACCUUGUACUUGCACCAUCAAUUUCACACUGGAACAUUCAUUUGAGAGCAAUGUAUUCAUGUAUUACGGACUUUCCAACUUCUAUCAAAACCAUCGUCGUUAUGUGAAAUCUCGAGAUGACAGCCAACUAAAUGGAGACAACAGUUCACUACUUAAUCCAAGUAAGGAGUGUGAGCCUUACCGCACAAAUGAGGACAAACCCAUUGCUCCUUGUGGAGCUAUUGCCAACAGUAUGUUUAAUGAUACCUUGGAAUUAUACCGCAUUGAUAAUGACACAAGGACUCCUAUUACUUUGAUUAAAAAAGGCAUUGCAUGGUGGACGGAUAAAAAUGUAAAGUUCAGGAAUCCUACAGGAGAUGGAAAUAACUUAACUGCGCUUUUCCAAGGCACAACAAAACCUGUGAACUGGCCCAAGCCAGUGUAUAUGCUGGACUCAGAGCCUGACAACAACGGCUUUAUCAAUGAAGACUUCAUUGUGUGGAUGCGUACUGCUGCUCUGCCCACAUUUCGCAAGCUGUAUCGUCUCAUUGAAAGGAAGAAUAACUUGCAGCCUACCUUGCAGGCUGGAAAAUAUUCUUUGGAUAUUGCAUACAAUUAUCCUGUACACAGUUUUGAUGGACGAAAAAGAAUGAUCCUAAGCACCAUCUCGUGGAUGGGAGGCAAAAAUCCCUUUCUGGGAAUUGCUUACAUCACUGUUGGGUCCAUUUGCUUCUUCUUAGGAGUUGUAUUGCUGAUCAUCCAUCACAAAUAUGGAAAUCGAAACACUAGUGCAGACAUUCCCAAUUAAUCUUGCAUUCUGAAAACAAACAUACUGCAUGUGCAUCAAGGCCAGUCCAGAAUGGACCCAGUUUUUGAAAGACAAAUCUCUGCUUCUGUCACUUCUGAGACUGGGUGCAUAAUUUUUAUCUAAAGCUCCCCUUUCCCAUACUGUGGAUUAACUCUCGAAUAUGACGGGUGUACAAUUAGCUAUAUUGAUUGUAUCUCUGCCUAUGUCAGAAACACUUUUUCUGAUACUUGCCUCUAACUGGGCAGGCCACAUGAUGCAUAUAGCUCCUGUUCCCUUGAUGCAUCUGCUGCUUCUUCACGUGCUGUGUAAUGUUGGUAUGAUUCAGUACAUACAAGUUAUGUGCAGAAAGACUGUUAUAAGAUGCUGUAAAUUGUUAAUGUUGCGGAAUUCAGGUGUCAGUGCUGUUGAAAGGAAAAGUCAAGUCUUAAAUGUUUUUUUUUUUUUUUCCCAUUUACUGUCUUGUGUGCAUGGGCUCUUGACAUUUCUUGCUGAGAUUUUAAUAUAUUUAUAUAAGUUGUUAAAUAUUUUUCCUGUGUCCUACCCACGUCUGUUAACGUUAAAUCCUUUAAGUGCUGUGUAAA